GAAGCCGCCGAGGCGUCUCCGCCAGUCCGCCGCUCUCCCUCGCCGUGCGAUGGGCUCCCCCGCGGGGGAGCAGGUGGACUUGGACGAAGGCGGCCGGCUCCGCUCGCUCUUCCUGGCCUGCGAUGUGAACGGUUCCGGCCGGAUCGAGCGCGAUGACUUCGGCUCGCUCUGCGCCGAGCUGCGGGUCCGGCCGGCGGAGGCCGAAGCUAUUUUCCAGCGCCUGGACACUGACCGAGACGGCGCCAUCACCUUCCGCGAGUUCGUUCAGGGGUUUCACGACUGCGAGGAGCUCCCCGGGGAAGAGAGCGACGCUUUCGGUGCCUUCGCCGAGAUAGCGGCAGCGGCAGCAGCGGCGAGGGGAUCUGCGGUGGGUCCCAGCCAGGCCUGGAAGGAAUUUGAGCUUCGGCUCGGGGAGGAGGCGGGCUUCAUUCCCAGGCAAGAGCAGGUCUGCAUUCUAUACCAGAACAUAAACAUAGUGGAACCACGAUUAAUUCAACCAUAUGAAAAUGUUAUUAAGAACUUUAUUAGAGAGAUCAAGCUGCAGAGUACAGAAAUGGAGACCAUGGCCAUUGCUGUAAAAAGAGCACAAGAUAAAGCAGCCAUGCAGCUUGGUGAACUAGAAGAAGAGAUGGAGCAGCGCAUACAGGCUACAGAACAUAAAGUCAAGAAGGAGGAGAAGCGUAAAACAGAAGAGGCUUUGAAUGAUCUCAAGCGUCAAUAUGAAACAGAAGUGGGAGAUCUCCAAGUAACAAUAAAAAAAUUAAAAAUGCUUGAGGAACAAUCUAAACACAUUAAUCAAAAAGAAGAUUUGGCAGUAUUAAAAAGAAGGAUACAUGAUCUUACCUUGGAAAACCAGAAACUUAAAAAAGAUCUUAUGGAAGCACAGACAAAUAUAGCUUUCCUUCAGAGUGAAUUAGAUGCUUUAAAAAGUGAUAUUGCAGAUCAAAGUUUGAAUUCAGAAAGAGAUCUAGACAUGAUCAGAGAGUACACUGAAGACAGAGAUAGCUUGGAGAGGCAGAUAGCAAUAUUACAAUCAGCUAACAGGAAACUACAUGACAGUAAUGAUGGCUUAAGAAGUGCAUUAGAGAACAGUUUGAGUAUAUACAACAGAUCACUGCGUCUAACAAAUAUUUCCCCUGGAAACACAAUGUCCAGAAGCAGUCCCAAAUGUGGUCGUGGCCAUUCUCCCCAAAAUCCACAAUAUGACAGGCUGUCUCAUUCAUCCUAUGUGGAUGAAGAGUAUGACUCCCUCGCACUUUGUGAUCCAAUGCAGAGGAUAAACUGUGAAGUUGACAGCUUGCCUGAAAGCUGCUUUGAUAGCGGCUUGUCUACAUUAAGAGAUUCCAAUGAAUAUGAUUCAGAAGUAGAAUCCAAGCAUCAAAGAACAUCUGAGAGAACACAGUGCCUGCAGGAAAGCUUCCCGGGUGAUGCUUCUGACACAGACGUCCCAGAGAUACGAGACGAAGAAGUAUACAGUCCUGAUGAUGUAAAUACAGUAUUGUGUUGGAAGCCCGACCAAUCAGUCAGUCGAAGCAGUUCUGGAGUUUCAACAAGGAAACACAUCCCUGCAUUCUCUCCACAGGUUGAUUCUAUACACAGCAAUUCAAGAUACCCCAGCUCAGACAAGGCCUACAAGAUAGUUCUUGCCGGGGAUGCAGCUGUUGGAAAAUCUAGCUUUCUUAUGAGGCUUUGCAAAAAUGAAUUUCGAGGGAAUACCAGUGCAACUCUGGGUGUUGACUUCCAAAUGAAGAGACUCAUUGUUGAUGGAGAACCUACGGUGCUACAGCUUUGGGAUACUGCUGGUCAAGAGAGGUUCCGAAGUAUUGCUAAGUCUUACUUCAGAAGAGCAGAUGGAGUGCUUCUACUAUAUGAUGUUACCUGUGAGAAAAGCUUUCUUAAUGUACGAGAAUGGGUGGAUAUGAUAUCGGAUGCCACACAUGAAAAUAUCCCAAUCAUGAUGGUGGGAAACAAAUCAGAUCUUCGUCAGACAGCUUCUGAAGAAGGACUGACAUGCGUACCUCUCAGCUAUGGAGAAAAAUUGGCCAUGGCUUACAGUGCACUAUUCUGUGAAACAAGUGCUAAAGACGGCUCUAAUAUUGUCGAGGCAGUGCUUCAUCUUGCUCGUGAAGUGCGAAAAAGAAGCGAUAGCAAAGAUGAUGAUAAAACAGUCACUAAGCUGGCUGGGACAUCACUAAAAAAGUCUUCACUCACCAAAAACUGCUGCAGGGUAUAAGAAACAACUCCUUGGCCUCAAAGAAACAGACUUCUGUGGCAAUGGAAGAGGGGGAAAAAUGAAAAACAUAGGUUGUUCUGAUGAUCAACAGAAGGAAAGAUGGAACUAACUUUUCAGCUCUGAGGCCCAUAAGAGUCUUUAAGCAAAAUUGAGAAAUGCUGCUUAUUGACUGAACCAAGCCAAAAAGAAUAAAAUUCUUAGUUCAUCAGUGGAAUCAUUCAUUUGUGCAUUAAGAUAAUUCCAUCUCAAAUCAGCUGUGCCUUCAUAACCCAAUAUGUUUGGAUGAAACUGGAUU